AAUUCAAGUUGCGGUUUUCGGCGAACCAAGAUUUUUUUGAAGUUUUUUUUUUUUCUUUUCGUUUCUCGGUCAAAUGUGGAAAGUAGGUACCUUUAGUACUAUAUUUCACUACUCUACCAGGAUAACACUAUCGCGGCGACUUUAUUUGCCCCUCCACAUAAUUGUCUUACAAUGUGAACUUCACAACUUCACUACUUCACUUUCUUAAUAGCCAAUUCAGGUAAAUAAGUUCAUCUUUGUUCAAUUGGUGCGCCUACUUCACUUGUUGUACACAGUACUUCUUCCUUAGGUGCUUCUUAUGUCCAACAUAUUCUCUUAAGUAUUUAAACUGACUCACUCGCCGUCUGACUUUCUAGCUUCUCUCCCUCCCUUCCGAGGUCUCUCUAGGCUUCGCCGACGGGCAGCUUGAUUCUCGUCUCCAUACCACGGCUUUAUAGGCCGUGGAGGAAUCAAUUGAGCACAUAGGCUUUUAUUCGCUUGCUCUCUCGUCCAGCAUGAUGCUGUCAAUGCGCGCCGCGCGAGUGGCCAUCCGGGCCGGCUCUCGUCGAGUCUCCCCCAGGGUUACUCGCCUGUCUCCUGCGAUCGCAACGAGCGUUUCCUUACGAAAUCCGCAAGCCGCCUACUCCUCUGCCCGAUCGAACGAUUCCACCACCCGUGCUGCCGUCAUCCAGGUUCUUAAUAAUGUCGGCUCUAAACGAGAGGUCCAGCAGUACCUCUCUCACUUUUCCUCCGUCUCCUCCCAACAAUUUGCUAUCAUAAAAGUCGGCGGUGCUAUUUUAACCGACUAUCUGGAUGAACUCUGCUCUUCUCUAUCGUUUCUAUACCACGUUGGACUUUUCCCUAUCAUCGUCCAUGGCGCUGGUCCCCAGCUCAACAAGCUCCUCGAAGAUGCGGGCGUCGAGCCUGAGUUCGAGGAGGGGAUCCGAAUCACUGAUGGUAAGACAUUGGGCAUUGCAAGACGGCUCUUCUUGGCCGAGAAUUUGAAGCUGGUCCAACGUCUAGAAGAGAUGGGCGUCCGCGCCCGACCAAUUACCUCGAGCGUCUUCACCGCCGAUUACCUUGACAAAGAGAAGUGGAAGUUCGUGGGCAAGAUCACCGAGGUCAACAAGGAGCCAAUCCAGACUGCCAUUGAGAACGGCUAUCUCCCUAUUCUCACUUCCAUGGCUGAGACGAGGGAAGGACAGGUACUGAAUGUCAACGCCGAUGUCGCAGCAGGAGAACUAGCUCGUGAAUUCGAACCAUUAAAGGUCGUUUAUCUCAGCGAGAAGGGUGGCUUAUUCGACGGCAACGUACAAAAGAUUUCUGCCAUUAACCUGGAUGAAGAGUUUGACCACAUCAUGUCCCAACCGUGGUGCAAGUUUGGGACACGAUUAAAGAUUCGGGAGAUCAAGGACCUUCUAGAAACCCUCCCGCGCUCGUCUAGCGUUGCCAUCAUACACCCUGCCGAUUUACAAAAGGAGCUCUUCACUGAUUCUGGAGCGGGUACUCUUAUUCGCCGGGGAGACAAAUUAAUUACUGCGGAAAGUGUCGCUGACUUUAGCGAUCUUGAGAAGCUCAAGGAUGUGCUUGUCCGGGAUCGUGAAGUCCGAGACGCUAGGGCUACAGUAGACCGCUAUCUAGAUUUCCUGAAGGGAAAGAAAUUCAAGGCCUACUUUGAUGAGCCCAUGAAGGCUCUUGCCGUCGUCCUCGAUCCUGCUCCUGACCAAUCCUAUUCAACAUUGGCUACCUUGACGAUAACGAAGUCGGGUUGGUUGACGAACGUCGCCGACAACCUCUUUGCCGCAAUCAAAAAGGAGUAUCCUAGCCUUGUGUGGACUGUGAAAGCUGAUGACGAGAACCUCACGUGGUUCUUCGACAAGGCAGAUGGCAGUAUCGUUAGGGGCAAUGAUGUUAUGUUCUGGUAUGGAAUUGAGCCGGGCGACGAGCUGAACAAGCUCAUGCGGGAAUUCACUCUCCAGGGCCGGGCAAUGCUUGGUGAAUCCAAUUUGGAAUCUCGUCUCCACCGGGCAGCCCAGGUUGCUUCUGAGAAUCUACGAGCACACUUUGCCUCCGGUUCCGCAGCUAACCAAGCCCGAGGUUAUUCCACCCAUGCUCGCCGUUCUGUGUCAGGGGCUAUCCCCACAAAUGCUUUCUCGCGUGGGUCGCGCCGAGGUUUCGCGACCGAGACCAAUCCGAACCCCCCGUAUGGCAAAAAACACGCUUCCAACACACAGCCGUCUAGGGUGGCCUUGAUAGGCGCCCGAGGCUACACUGGGCAGAAUCUAAUCAGUCUAAUUAACACGCACCCUAACUUCGAUCUUCGACAUGUAUCUUCGCGAGAACUAGAAGGGCAAAAGUUGGAAGGCUACACCAAAAAAGAUAUCAUUUAUGAGAACUUGAGUUUCGACGAUGUUUACGAGAUGGAGAAGAAGGGCAAGAUAGACGUGUGGGUUAUGGCACUACCAAAUGGUGUGUGCAAGCCUUUCGUCGACGCCAUCAACAAGGCCAAAGAAUCAUCUACUAGAGAAGACCAUAGUUUGAUUGUGGAUCUUUCAGCCGAUUACCGAUUUGACAAGUCGUGGACAUAUGGCCUCCCAGAGUUGGUGAAGCGAUCACAGAUCGCUCAGGCCACUCAUAUCGCCAAUCCCGGUUGCUAUGCAACUGCGGCCCAGCUCGGCAUCGCGCCACUUGUGGAAUAUCUCGGGGGUCAGCCCACCGUUUUCGGCGUUUCUGGUUACUCAGGGGCCGGCACCAAGCCGUCGGCAAAGAACAAUGUGGAAAUUCUUACCAACAAUCUUAUCCCGUACAGCUUGACGGAUCACGUACACGAGAAGGAGAUCAGUAGCCAGUUGGGCGUUGACGUUGGGUUCAUCCCACACGUCGCAGUCUGGUUCCAGGGCAUUCAUCACACUAUCAACCUUCCUCUCAAGAAGACUAUGACGUCGCGCGAUAUCCGACAGAUUUACCAGGACAGGUAUGCAGGGGAGAAGCUAGUCAAGGUGGUGGGCGAGGCACCGCUUGUAAAGGCCAUCAGUGGGAAGCACGGGGUGGAGAUUGGCGGGUUCGCGGUGCACAGUUCCGGGAAGCGCGCGGUGAUUUGCGUGACGAUUGAUAAUUUACUCAAGGGUGCUGCCACACAAUGUUUACAAAACAUGAACUUGGCUCGCGGGUAUGCGGAAUUUGAGGGUAUACCUCCAAUGGAAUGAAUAGAAUAGGGGAAAUCAUGGUUACAGCUCGCGAAGAAUUUCAAGGGAGAGAUUCUUCCUUGCUUCUCUUAUUUAUGGAGGGGAAUGAAUUGAGGUUGCAGUGAUAGGAGAUGUCUAUGUGCGUGUGUGUGUGUGCAUGUGUGUGUCUGUGUGGUAUAAAACUUGUAUAUAGUUGGAUUGGAGGUCAUGCCGGAUUAAAAAAAAGAUUACAUUUAUGAAGUGAUGCUAGGGCGGACAUAUGAAUGUUGAAAACCUUGAAUAGGUACACAUUGUAACCUACAUGUACUUAAACCUAGACCAUAUGCAACUUAUAAUGCAAGUACUAGGUAGGUACAUAUCGGGUUCUGCCGACAGCAUUGAGUUCAGUCACCAGACGCCGUUUGAUUUUUGAAGGAAUGAACCCAAACACCGAGGCAGCUGCAAGGUGAGGUAUUAUACUAGUUAGUGGGGACAAAUUCAAAGCUUCAAUCCCCUGA